CCUCAGCAGUUUCUCCUUACACUUGUGCUCCAGAGCCUUCCCCAGCUCUGUUGUCCUUCUCUGGACAUCUCUGACAAACAUUUGUCUUCAAGUGGGGGUUGACUCCACAUUUUAAACUUGUCAUUGUAGAUUCUUUUGCAGGGUAUGCACAGCUGACCUGCUUGACCUGGCUCUUACACAGGGCUCUUAGCAAACUCCCUAAUUAGCUUUAUGGACGCUCAAAAUAGUCCUGUAUCAAGUCUGAUUAGAAACUGAAACGUCCUCUUUAAAGAGCAAGAGAUCCAGAAUUUAAGAUCCACUUAGUCUGACAUUUUUCCACAUUGCAGCAGCUGCCCAGACUUGCAGACUGUUUGCUACUUGGUGUUGGAUAUUUUCACCCAAAAUCCUUCUUGAAACAGGAGAAUUUUCUAGCACCACCUUUAGUAGUGAUGUAUUCCUGUGAGAAGCCUCUGUUUUGGACAAACUGAAGAAGGAGCUCCUACAAGGCUGUGUUUAAUUCUGGCUGCUCUGUGAGGACAGGGCUGGAGGUGCCCUGCUCAUGAAGAGUGAUUAACUCAGUAUAGUGGGGGGUGGGUUUGUGUGUGGGGAUGGAGGGGAAGUUGGAGCUGUGCUGGAGUUGUUGCUCCAUGUCAGGUAUAUUUGAAUCAAUCCAAGGCAGUGUCUCAGAGCAGCUUAGAGACAAUCUGGCUGCCAGCCUCUCUUCCACUGCCCUGCUCACACUGACCAGCCUGGGGAGGAGUCGUGGCCUGUGGGGUGGCAACAAUUUGGAAGCACUUGAGUCCUGUGGACCCUCUUGUAAGAACAACACAGGCUCCUCAAAAACUUUACAUUGGUCCUUUUUCUCCCCACUACCCCCAGGGAAAAUCUGCCUAGUCAUAAAAUUUUAUCCUUUAAGCUGUAAAACUCCCCCCUGUGGGAGCUAUGCUGAGACCCAGCCCAGUUUAGAAGAGUCCAGGUCUAUUUAUAAGUUUGUCUUUGCUGCUGACUGAGCUGCAAAACUUCGUAGCGAUUCUGGAAACUCAAGCACACAAAUGCAAAAGGACCCUGGAGGAUUUCUUGUGCCUGUGUUUAUUGCCCAAGAAAGAAAGCUGCUCCAGAUGGUUGUAUCCUGCACAGCUCUGCUGAGAUUCCAUCAUCCAGCAGGAGCAAGGGCAGUGUGACAGCUCUGUCUUAGGAAGGAGACUUCCAUGAAGAUGAGCAGACUCUCUUCCCUCAAGCUUUCCCUGUGAAGGUGUUUUCCAUGACCAGCAGCAGCCAGCAUGAGCUAGAGAGAAACGGUGAUGUAGCUACUGGUUCAACAGCGUCCUUCUCUGGAGACAGAGGCUGCUGCCAUCCCUGUGGUGCCCACACUGGCUGCACACAGAGACCCCUCUGCAUCUCUGCCGUGGCACUGCUCGUCCUGGUGGCUGCCCUGGCCUCGGGGCUGGCUCUGGCACUCCUGCUACGGACACCAGUGAACCGCCUCUGCACAGCCCCUAAUAACAAGACAGGCUUCUUGUGUGAUGACAGAGUGACCUGUGUCCCAGCCAGCCAGGUCUGUGACAACAUCAGCAACUGCAGGAAUGGAGAAGAUGAGCAGGAGCAGCUCUGUGGUGACUUGCCCCACAGCCUCCCAGGACACCUGAUUUUCUACUGCAGUAACCCCAAGUCCUGGGUUUAUGCUGACCUGAGGUGUAAUGGGAUGAACGACUGCGGGGACUGCUCUGACGAGACAGGGAGCUUGGCUGCCUGCCCCCCAUGUGGGCAGGAGUGGUGGAGCUGCAGUCCUGUGCACUACGAGUUCUGCUCCUGCAUCCCCAGGAGGCUGUGCCGGGAUGGCAUCCAGCACUGCCUGGGCUGGUCCGACGAGCUCCUCUGCACAGCCUGAAUCCUGGCACCCAUCCCUGCUGGAGAGGGAGCAGGGUGCUUCCCACACGUCACCCUGAGCCUUGGAGUCCUGCCCAGCCACCUGCUUGGGAAGCUCCAGCCCAAGCAAAUCCUCCCCAGCGGCGCAGUGACACCAAACAGGACCAGGGGCGUGUGGCAGCCCUUGGCUGGACACUGCUGGGGGACAGAUGCCAUGUGAAGGUGACACUUCCUUCAUGGGCAGCACUGGUGCUGUGCUGGAAAUGCUUCACCAGCCACUGCUGGCACAGCUCUGGCCCAGGAUCUCCUCUAUGGAUGUACAGGCAGCCACGUCAGGGAUACAGAGCUGCCCAAAGCAGCAGGAGCUGAGUGGGGUGAGCCUCCAACACAUCUUCGUAGUCCUGAUCUUCACUGCAGGGGAAAAGCUUCUAUUUGUGUUCAAAACACAUCUGCAGGUGGUUUCAGCAGUGACUUUGAGGGCUCUGUGUUGAUGCUCCUGACAAUGAUGCUCCUGACACUUCCUUGGGAAUGCUGUGCUGGGAUGACACCAUGGGGAGCUGCUGCUCAGGCCACCUCCUGCUCUCCUCUCAAACCAUGAAACCAACACAGAGAAUAUAAUGGCAUGGAAAACUGGAGAAGUUUCAGGGUUCUGUGUGUGACAGAGUAGCUGUCCCUGAUAAAAUAACCUGCUCUUCACUCAGGGCUGUGCAGUUUUGCAGCAGGAGGUUGAGAAUGGCCAUGGAGCUGGGAUAGGUCUCGCUGAAGUUGGCAAAGAAAGGAGGAAAAAGAAGUCUCAUCCUUGGUGCAGAGAGCAGCAGAAAAUCAAGUGCUGCUCCCAGGGUGGUGUGGGAUGACACUGGAUCUGUUUGCUGCUUGUUUUGUUCCUCUGCCAGCAAGGCAGGACCAGGCAGCCAAGCCUUCAAAGCAGUCCUCAGGAUAUAGGUAUGGGCAUGACACUGAAAUUUAAGAAAGAUACUUUCUUUGCUCCUUUGAAAAUCUCAUCUAAAACAUUGAGGAAAACCCUACAUUUACAGUGAGUACUCUUACUUUUCUGGGCCCAAAAUAAACAUGACGUGAUCUUUUUUUUCCCAUUGCCACCCCAGGUCGUAGAUAUUUAAAAAUAAACCACUGUUCACUCA